AAGACCAAAGUAGCUACAAUUUUUGCACCAGCCUGUGUUUUAGCAGCACUGUUUUGUUUACUGGUAAGCUUUCUAUAAACAGUUUAUCUCCUCCUUUACUCAACACUGGUUUCAGCAAAUACUGGAAAACAGAAACAACACAAGGAUGAAGUGAGACUACAGGAGCCAAAAGGAGUUGUUAAUCUGCACAUUUUUAACAAAGUUUAUUUUAUAUAAGGGUAACAGAAGUGUUUACAUUAUCUCAGGAAUAAAUGCACAGUGGAUUCAUCCUGUGUUCAGGGUCAGUACGUGCAGAACUCCAAUAUAACAGCCAGUCCACAGAUGGUAGUACCAACCUCAAAUCCCAAGCGAGUGGUCAACAUAAGAGCAAAAAGCAAGCAAUCCACUUGAGCCUGCCUGAGCUGAGGAGUUAUCAGCUGGUCCCUCCACAACAAUAGAAGAGGAGGCAUACAAACAGUGACAGAACACAAUCAUGGCAUCAGCAGGGAUGCAGGUCUUUGCUUUCUUCCUGGCUUUGUUUGGUGUGUUUGGAGUUAUCAUAGCAACACUGUUACCGAACUGGAAGGUAAAUGCUGACGUGGGAUCCAAUAUCAUAACAGCAGUAAUACAGAUGCAGGGGCUCUGGAUGGACUGCACCUGGUACAGCACUGGCAUGUUUAGCUGCACAUUAAAAUACUCAAUCCUCUCCCUGCCUGCUUAUAUUCAGACGUCUCGGACCAUGAUGGUCUUGUCUUGUGUCAUUUCAGCACUAGGGAUCUGCAUUUCCACAGUUGGAAUGAAAUGUACCAGGCUUGGACGGGAACAACAAACCAAAAAUCAUGCUGCUGUUGUUGGAGGAAUAUGCUUUCUGAUAUCUGGGUUGCUCUGUUUGAUCCCUAUAUCUUGGUUUACAACCAAUAUAAUUUCAAGUUUUAUGGAUCCAACUGUUCCAAACAGCACCAAGUAUGAGCCUGGUGGAGCAAUUUACACUGGAUUUGUUUCAGCAGGAUUCUUGUUUGCUGGGGGGCUGAUGUUCUGUACAUCCUGUUUUAAAAAGCAUCCAGCACCAAAUAUGCAUCCCCCUAGAAAACAGCAGGGUACAGCUUCACAACCAGAUGUUGAAGAUAAGGCAGGUUAUAGUUUGCAAGACUACGUGUAAAUAAAAGCAUAAGCUGGGCGGUAUGUUAUGGCUGCAUUUGUUUUCUUAUUGUUACUGAAAAAAAAGCAUAGCCCUUUAUAUAAGCAUGACGUGCUCAAUAAGUAAACUAAUAAAUAACAUAAAAAGACAUUCUAAAUGCGAAAAACAGAACAUUUUCUACCAGAUGGCAUUCUUCAAAAAAAUCCCAGUGCUGUGGAUUCACUACACAGGUGGCAAAUAAUAAAUGACAAAAGAAGACGGAAUAGGUAUGUAACUGUUUCAGAAACAUAAUUCUCAGCUACCUUUUGCUCUUGAAGGUAAUAGUGACGGCACUAUUAAAGAAUUCAAACAAUGCCCUAUACUCUGUUCUAAUUUUAGCACUGGCUAAUCACAUCAGAUACACAAGAAAGUGUUCAAUGGAUGCCAGGUGUUGCCCAUUGUUUUUAAACAUGGUUGCAUGCGCUUUUCAAACCAUUUUCAACUGCCAUGGAAACAGUAUUCAAUAUAAAACAUUCACACUGUUUGACCACACACUGAACAGACAAGGGCCAUCAGACAUUCUAACAAUGCUGUCAAAGCAGAGAUGCUUUUAACCUGGAAGACAUUUUAUCUGGAGAAGCUAUGCAGCAAAUAACCAUAUCGACUACAAAGCAAAGUUCACAUUCUGUUCAUAGCAUUUUCUGUCAGUUAAGAAUUCUCACAAUUGUCUUUCUCUCUGCUGUUCUACUUGCAUGCGAUACAUUCAUAAGGGAUGAGUUACAUAUAAAAUGACAGGCUACAGUCUGAAAAUUAGCUAUGUCAUUUUUAGAAACAUCUUUUCUUAUGGUUAUGCUUUGACUUUACAUGUAGUAUUCUCCAUUUUUUGCAUCUAACAUUAACCACCACUCCAGAAUGCUCAAUUUAUUCAGAAAGAUUGAUGUGUAAACCUCACUUUGAAGUACAGCUAUAGAUUAGAAAUUAAACAUAACAAGAAAACACAGUCCUCUGUUGACCCUGCAGACACACGGCUUUUUUUAAAUUUUACAUGCGAGGUUUUUGGCACACUAACAGUUUUUUUAUGUAGUGAUACACCUAAAUGUGGAUUCCAUACAUUCAUGCAACAUGGGCUGAAGAACAAUUUUUAUUACAAAGCUAAUACCUCAAGGUUGCUGAAACUAUGCAUCUAAGUACAAUACUGUGUUAAUAAAAAGGACAUUGACAGCACCUUUAUAAUAAAAUGCCUUACACCACUAAUCUAUAAAUGAUACAUUCCAGUUGAGCACAAACAUCAGAAAGGCAUAAAGUGAAUCACAACAAAAGUUGAAUUAGUAUUUAUAAAAGCAUCAUCUUUUUAGAAACAAAUGUUUUGUUAGAUGAUUUACCCUGCUGUUAGUCAAUACCUGCACCAUCUGAACACUAUAACAAAUGCAUGACAGAAUUAGUUGUUUGCAAGCAAUAAUAAAAAUGCCUUUUUACAUGUAGUUAGUGUAGAAUAUAUAGGCACUUGGUGACUCAAACCAAAACAAGAGAAAUCUGAAGAGUUUUACUUGCUGUAUGCUGUACGAAUGAAACUAAUACCAUUUUUUAAUCACUAUGGUUUCCUGAAGGAGCAGUUAUGUAAAACGGUAAAUAAAGAUAAAAAUCCAUUUAACUGUA